AUGCGUCGUCUUCUGCCGUUGCCGCUCCUUCUUCCGCUGCUCGUUCCAUUGGCACUCUGCCAAAUCACUCCGGUGCCAAAGAUGGAUAUUACUCCUAUUCCCAUUGACAAAACUGACCCGAACGUCAAAGGUACGAGCUGUGAAUUGCAGUCUCUUUUUGAUUGAAACUUCAGAGUUCCAAAGAAUCGAUUCGAACAAAGACGGACAACUGACUUUCACCGAAUUCCUGUUAUCUGACCGCCCGUUUCUAGAGCAUCAGUCGAGAAGAUUCCAUGGUUUCGAUGGGAAUGGUCAGUACAAUAACACGCAGUUUCACAUUCCCUAGUCAUUCGUUCUCAAAAUGGUCAUAAAAUGAAUGAACUCUGUCAGGUGACGGCGUCGUGACGAAGAAGGAAUUCGAAGACUAUUUCAAGAAAUUGGAGAAGCAUAAGAGAAGAAGUGACAUGUUCUUCAGCAAAUUCGUCGGUUUUCCUGUUCCUAAUCCGUUUCUAAUGACUCUGUUUUUCAGAAUCGUGAUCGCCGUGACCCUUUUCAGGCGUCGUUCUUCGAUUCGUUCCCGAAGAGUCCGGAGGAGUCUCGCGAACUCUCCGGACCCAUGCACAACCCGUCCAUGGUCCUUCUCUGA